AUGACCUCUCCCGACUUUGCUGCCGCUCAGGCGCGUGUACUCGCUCGUCGCGCCGCUGCAGCUCGUCCAAUACCGCCUCCUUCUCCACCGACCCUGCCACCCGCGCUGCUGACUCUACCACCGGGUCUACGCUCACUCACUUCUACCGGCCUCUCUACAUGGACCACACUUAGAAACAAUCCUCUUCAAACACCUACUCCGUACUUUCGCGUUGGUCAGGUCGACGCAGAAUUGCUCGACGAGGAGCUCCUACAACUACUACGCGGCCAAGUUGGUGAUGCCCUCAAAUACUUUGGAGGUCAUAUUGCAGACGAGUGGUCCUCAGAGAUUGGCGCAAUUCUUCGAGCUAUACUAUGGAAGCUUAGCAUCUGGGAUCGAGGCACUAGCUACGGUGCCAGUCUACAAGGACUAAAGUACGUCGACGCAAGAACACAACCUUCAACUAUCGGCGCCGGCUCGGGUCAAGAUCCUACAAAAUGGCAGAAGGCUGCAUACGGUCUCAUCACAGUCGGAGGCCGCUACUCAUGGCAGAAACUAGAAGAUUGGCUCCUUGAGAAAGAAGGCGGCUACGAGGAGCCCGCGCUGCUGGUCAAGAAGCUCAGCAAGCUUACUGGAUGGAUUGGCAUGACACAUGAGAUGGCCGCCCUGGCAUCCUUCUUGGUCUUCUUGUUCAACGGCAAAUACAGGACACUUGCAGAUCGACUGCUUCGACUACGGCUUGCCCCAGCGUCCGCACAAACAAGCAGAGAAGUCAGCUUCGAGUACCUGAACCGCCAAUUGGUUUGGCACGCAUUUACCGAGUUCCUACUCUUCCUACUUCCCCUCGUGGGCAUCAGCCGUUGGAGGCGCCUAUUGUCAAGAGCGUGGAAGAAGGUCAAAAGCAUGUUUACUCAGAAGGCUGACGAUGAGGACACAAAUAUGGGAGGUGAGCUUGGAUUCUUGCCAGAACGUACCUGCGCCAUUUGCUAUCGCGAUCAAAACGCCGUGGGCGGUGGUUCGGAAGCAGAGGUACUCGCACAAUCAGGAAACACAGGUGGUGGCGUUAUUGGCAGUGCCCAAACAGACGUCACUAACCCAUAUGAGGCAAUACCUUGUGGAUGCAUAUACUGCUUUGUCUGUUUGGCGCAGCGCAUCGAGGCCGAGGAAGGCGAGGGAUGGACAUGUUUACGCUGUGGAGAAGUCGUGAAAGAGUGUAAACCUUGGAAUGGUGAUGUUCUGGAGGAAGUCACAGAGCAACGAAGUCGAGUGACAUCGAACAGUCAAGAAAAGUCUCCGAGGAGGAAGAGCGUGGGUUUCGUCGAUGACGAGAGGGAGCAUGAACACGAAGCCACCAUCAAGGAACUUGACCCGAUGCCUAUGGAGGACCGUGAAGAACAAUUCCAAGAUGUCGAGGAUGAGAGAACGAUAGACUCGAUUUCGUCCGUGGAUGGCGAGUCUGAGCAGGAUUUUGAAGACGAGGCAGACUACGAUUGA